CACACCCAAGUGGCUAUGGCACAGCCCCCAAUAACCAGCUCCUGUGCCCAAGCAGCAGUCAUAACGACUGAGCCAGAUGGUACUCGCCAGUGCCCAGUCUUCUGUUGGCCAUUAGGGUUGGGCUGCUGCUGGCCUUUCUGUCACCAGAUACACACACAGACUUUUCUUUCAUAGGAUUUUCGUUUCAGUUCAUUUAAAUUAAAGUCAUCAGUGGGUAUCACCAGUAAGGGGAUGCCACCCAGGGCACAAUGACAGUGGGCAAGAUACCCAUGACCAACUACACUUGAACUUUGAGAGAUCAGAAAAAAAAGCUGCAAAGACAAAAGGAGAAUGUGCCAACUGUACAUGGGCAGGGGUCUGGACCGGGUACAGUAGACACUGGCGGCAGCAGCGCCCACUCGUCUAUUCUGGAGGGCAUCAAAUGUAAACUCUUGUGAAUCUCACUCGGUGUCUCAUGAAUGUCCUCUAAUGCCACUGUAGUCCUCCAAAGGUCAAGCCUUCGACUACACGGCCAUCACCUUCAGUGUCACUCGUGCCAAUCGACCUCGAAACUCGUGUGCCCAGCUACUGUACUGUAAGUUAACUUUUAACUGAAAUGCACUUCCUCUCUUUACACUUCUGCUUCAUUUGCUAUUUUUACACAAACCAUUAGGGUCACUUUGUGGUCACAUUUUAAUGCUCGAGUGCGCCACUCAAACUUCAGUCAGAUACACAAGAAGAUCCUCGGCACUCUGAACCAGCAUGGCAGAAGAGAACAUCUAUGGGAACGAGGUCUUUAUAAAGACGAUCAAGUUGGAGCGAGAACCUGGUGACGCUGAUGACUGUGACUAUGAAGACCCUGACCAGGAAAUCUGUGAGGCGGAAGAAAAAACAGAAAAAGCCGAGGAGAAGACAAAGGAUGUCCCUGAGAAGAGGUCCCGCCCAGUCUGGCCGCUCUACGGGCUCCACGCUGCUGGUGCUGCUCUCUGGAUUGCCGUUCUGAUCUUCAUUUUCUUCAAAUUUUCUGAAGUUUCAUCCCAAGUGAAGACUCUGCAGAGUGCAGAUGUUAAUAUCUCGUCCCGGCUUGACAAACUGGAACUGGACCUGAAGAAGAUGGAUGCUGACAUGGCGGCCAAGUUUCGCAGACUGGAGCUGACUUUGCUGUCAAACAAUAGUGACUUGUCUUCAAAGCUCAAGAAGCUGGAAUCGGACCUGAACAAGAUGGCCUAUAACUGGUUUGACUUCGGCAGACACAAGUACUACUUCUCCAUCGAGAGGCGCAACUGGAUGGCUGCGCGGGACGCCUGUGUCUCCGUGUUCUCCUACCUGGCAGUGAUCAACAGUGAGGACGAGAAGAACUUCAUCAAGAAUAAAAUCACAGAGGACUUCUGGGUUGGACUGAGUGACCUGGAGAAGGAGAACGAGUGGAAGUGGAUAACUGGAGAGUCUGUGGACAAAAGAUUUUGGGCGCCUGGUGAGCCAAACAACCAGAAUGAAGAAGACUGUGGGGAAUUUAAGAAAAGUGGGACGCUGAAUGACAUUCCCUGCACGGCUGAGAAGCUGUGGGUCUGUGAAAAAAACCCGUCAAGCAGCCGGUAGAUGAAGGGGGGCUGCCAGGGUGCAAGUCGAGGUGCUGGUCGUCACC